AUGGUCCUCAACCUCUCCAUCAGCGGCAAGAGGAGCAUGAAUACGGUCAGCGAACUCAUGCCCAGCCUAGGUAGUGAAGGUGUCAGGGACAUUGUUAUUAUCAUCCACUGCUCGGAGGGUCGGGCUUUCUACCAGGAAGAUUCAGAGGGAGAUCAAGAGGAACCUCCAGGAUCAGAUAUUGUAGCCGUCAAGGAUCUGGAAACGAUCCUCCGCUUUAUCAAGUCCAGGUGGCUCACUUCCCCCACCACCCCGCGCAUCAUCAUCGUCGACUUGCAUCUUAUCUCUCCCGACGAGCCAAAGAGGGGUUUCCUCAGGAGGGCACUCCGCGACUACGCUCGGUUGCGAGCAGGAGACUGCCCCGAACCGAGUGACAUUUGGGACGGCCCCGAACCGAGUGACAUUGAGUUCUACAACCAGUCCCCUGGCAACGUGGUUUCCAAAGCGUUCUCGCUACCAGACGAUUCCAUCACGCUCAUGUCGAAACAGGAGUACAGUGCGCAGAUUGGCCAGGAGCGGUUCCGCUUCUACACUGACGAGUCGUUCUUCCUCAAGUAG